AAUUGCUUACGACGUCAUUUAACUCUCCCUUGAAACUUGUCUCUUCCUUGUCAAGCAAACAUGAGACCUCCUCUAACUGGUGGACGUGGUGGUGGUGGGUUCAGCGGUGGGUUCAGUGGUGGACGAGGAGAUAGCUCUGGAGGUAGAGGUAGAGGAGGAGGAAGAAGAGGUUUUGGAGACCGUGGACGCGGCAGAGGCAUGAGAGGAGUACGUGGUCGCGGAAGAGGAGUACCUGCUCGCGGAGGAAUGAAGGGAGGCAGCAAAGUGAUUGUGGAGCCACACAGACACGCUGGAGUGUUCAUUGCAAAGGGUAAAGAAGAUGCUCUUGUUACUAAGAACUUGGUUCCUGGUGAAGCUGUUUACAAUGAGAAGAGAAUCUCCGUUCAGAAUGAGGAUGGAACCAAGAUUGAGUACAGGGUGUGGAACCCUUUCCGUUCUAAGUUGGCAGCUGCUAUUCUCGGUGGUGUUGAUAACAUUUAUAUCAAACCUGGUGCUAAAGUUCUAUACCUUGGUGCUGCCUCUGGAACCACAGUCUCCCAUGUAUCUGAUAUUGUUGGACCUGAGGGAUGUGUUUACGCUGUUGAGUUUUCUCACAGAAGUGGUAGAGAUUUGGUGAACAUGGCUAAGAAGAGAACUAAUGUUAUUCCAAUCAUUGAAGAUGCCAGACACCCUGCUAAAUACAGAAUGCUCGUAGGCAUGGUUGAUGUUAUCUUCGCUGAUGUUGCUCAACCAGAUCAGGCUAGGAUCGUCGCUUUGAAUGCAAAUUUCUUCCUCAAAACAGGAGGUCACUUUGUUAUCUCAAUCAAGGCUAACUGUAUUGACUCAACAGUUCCAGCAGAAGCUGUGUUUCAGAGCGAAGUGAAGAAGCUGCAACAAGAGCAGUUCAAGCCAGCAGAGCAAGUGACGCUUGAGCCUUUUGAGCGUGACCAUGCCUGCGUCGUUGGUACCUACCGUGCGCCUAAGAAGGCCAAGGCUGCUACUGCUGCUUAGAAAGUUCAGAGAUUUAUUUUGGAUUUGUUUCACUCCUUUUUUGUACCUCAGAUUUUGCUUCUAUCUUCCUCCCUUUAGAAUCAGGCUUUAGGUUUUUUAUCCAAGUUUUGAGUAUGUAUACUUUUUGAA